AUGGAGAGAGUUUUGCCCCAAACAGACCCUCGCAGCCCUUUCAACGUCAACGUGCCGCCGCAGGAUGCUAAGCCCAUCCACCAUUUGGUGGCGUACUUCAAACUCUGGAAACACUUCAUUUCGGCGCUAGUGGCGUACUUGAAAGACUUGGUCAUGGCCAAAGAAUUCGAGCUGAAUCUCAACUUGCAACUUGUGGGUUCUGUACAAUUCCCAGGCUUCAAAGAUUUGGCUUACAAAUGCCUUUCCCUGGUUGAACAGCAGAUCUCACCCCAAGCCACACCAAAACUGGAGAAGCCACCACUGCCUGCGUCAAACCCCAUUGUAGGACCGUCUGCGCCUGGUCAGGAGAACAAGCGGCCAGGCUUAGCCAAAACAAAGUCUGCGCUGUCAUUUUUGAAGAACCAGACGUUUGCCCACCACCGCUCUGCCAGUCUGUCGAGCUUAAAGUCGGAAUACAGCGGAAAGCAGUUCCCGCCACCAAAACACGCUCAUACCACAAACUCCUCCACUCCGCCUGCGACAAUUGCAGCCAAGUAUGUUCCGAAGAACGAUGUGAGUGUUGAUCCGGCGUAUUUUCCGCCCGACUCGAUGUUUUCUGGAACUCCUCAGGCACUUAUCAACCACCAUAUGAAUACAUAUAGCGCGCAGGCCCGCUUAUGCCGAGAAGUCACCCACAAACUUAUUCCACGACUCGAGAACUUGCACAAGAAUUUGGGGCUCAAGAUCAAGGAGAUUCGAUCGCUGUUGAAAAACGAUUCGUUUGCGAACCCCACGCUAGUAAAAGAGGUUUCGAAGACAGGGGCUAUCCUAAGCACUUUUGUACUGUCUGUUCAGCGCUAUUCAGGCCCUAAGCCAGUGCUCAAGAAAGAGGGGGAUGGAGAUGACGAUGAUGCUUACUCCAUGAGCGAUCCUUUUCUUGUCAAGUUGCGUUUGGAUUACCAGCUCAAAAACCAAUUGAUUCACGAAAAUUACAUCUUUGCGCUGUAUGUAAACCUCCAGAAUAUUUCCAAGGACUUGCUUACAUAUGUGGUUAAGGACUUGAGUUCGGUAGCCGAACGCAUGAUUCGGGCUACAAACAACGAGGCAGUGUAUGCAUCAUCGUCGGAGAAUGUUCUCUACAAUAUGGGUGUUACCUUGAAACACAAGUUGAAUGCACUGGAACACGAGUGGCAGCAUUUCAUCUCACACAAUCCGAACUUUGUCAACACGUACCAAAGCACAGCUAAUUCAACCAAAAGAGAAAUGAGACGAUUCAAGGAUAUUGUGAUCCCAUUUGCGGACUCAUUGCAUAGUAAAUGCUUACGGUGCGGGUUCAUGUACAAGAAGCAAAAAUUGAUCAAGCUGUACACAAGUUAUUUCUACUUAUUGACCUGCAACUACUUGCAUGAGUUCAAAAUCGAAUCAGAAAAAGAGAAAGAUGGUGAGAAGAACGGACAACACAAUCCAAAAAAGAAAUCAAAAGGCAAAGUGGGUGGUUUUGUUGGUCACAACGAUACGCCAACGAAAUCAUACAACUUGAACGACUAUUCUUUUUCAGUGAAAAACGAGUCUGAUUUCAAGUUCGUCUUGACAAAGAUAUCCAACACAUCUCUGAAGUUCACAUUCAAGUGUCUGAAUGAAACAGACUUCAUUAAUUGGACAACAGAUUUGUUUGAUUUGCUCAAGUUUGGCAGCAACCACCUAAAGCGUUUCAAAUUCAUCGAAGAAAAGAUGGCUAUGCGUAAACAGGACGCCUCUGAAUCAGAGAAACCACCAUCUCAAGACGACUUGAAAUUGCAACUCAAGGGCCUUCUUUCUGCAGACUUGUCUAUGAAUAAAAUUCAAGGUCAGCCUUCAAGUCUUUCGGGCAUUUUCACGCCCAAGAUCAACUCGCCUCCCGAUCGUGAGAAGAAUCCGUUUGAAAACACUUUUGGAAACAUUGGGUCCGAACAACAACCCUCAGUGGUUACCCCGCCAUUAUCAUCUCUGCACCCAGAGUCGCCUGCAUCAGAUUUCAAUUCUGAAGGUGCUUCGUCACAGCCUGUUUCGCCUGGUGAGCCUGGCACAGAGAGUCUGGCUGAACACCAGAAGGCGCACGAGAAUUAUCUCAAGCUUCAACACGAAAUUAUGAAACAACAAGAGCAGUUGGUGGAGCUCAACCUAGCUCCUACAGACAGGCCGUCUUUGUCAAGACAUCUGUCGACAGAGUCGAUGUUGUCGGUGAUGGAGCAGAAUAAUCAUAACCUCUCAGACUUCUUGCACCAGAACCGUGAUCUCAUGAAGGAAAACACAUCUCCACCGAUCAACGACUCGCACAGUUCCGAGCUGUUGGCACCGGUGCCAACAGUUUACGUGCUGCAUCACACGAGUUAA